AUCACUUUGACUGCCCCCCUUCAUCUUUAUCUUUGCAAUGCCGACGGCAUCCGGCACUCGACAGAGACGUUACGAGAGAGAGACAGACUGAUAAUUUUUUUUUUAGAGCGAGAAACGCAGAUAAAUUCAGUGUGGGAAUCCCGAGAGAAGGAAAAUGGGGUUGGUUUCGGGGAUUUUUAUGGGGAUGUUGUUCGGGAUCGGAUUGAUGGCUGGCUGGCAAUACAUGAUGAAGCAUCGAAGCCGUAAGCGAAUCGCAAAGGCUGUUGAUAUUAAACUUCUUGGGUCCCUUAACAGGGAAGAUCUGAAGAAAAUAUGUGGGGAUAACUUUCCUGAAUGGAUAUCGUUUCCGGUCUAUGAACAGGUGAAAUGGUUGAACAAGCAGUUAAGCAAAUUAUGGCCAUUUGUUGCUGAGGCAGCAACCCUGGUGAUAAGAGAAUCUGUUGAACCACUCUUGGAACAAUACCGACCUCCAGGAAUUACUUCAUUAAAGUUUAACAAAUUGUCUCUUGGUAAUGUGGCACCCAAGAUUGAAGGUAUUCGUGUUCAGAGCCUUAAGCAAGGUCAAAUUACCAUGGAUAUUGAUUUCCGGUGGGGUGGUGAUCCAAGCAUCAUUUUAGGAGUUGAGGCUGCACUUGUUGCUUCAAUACCCAUUCAGCUGAAGGAUCUUCAAGUUUUCACUGUUGCCCGUGUCAUCUUCCAGCUUGCUGAAGAGAUACCUUGCAUUUCUGCUGUUGUUGUUGCUCUACUUUCUGAGCCAAAGCCUAGAAUUGACUAUACUCUGAAAGCUGUUGGUGGAAGCUUGACUGCCAUCCCUGGACUUUCGGAUAUGAUUGAUGAUACAGUAAAUUCUAUUGUUACAGAUAUGCUUCAGUGGCCACAUAGGAUUGUUGUUCCUCUUGGUGGUAUCCCUGUUGAUACAAGUGAAUUAGAGCUUAAACCACAGGGAAAGCUGACUGUCACGGUAGUCAAGGCAAAUGAUUUAAAGAACUUGGAAAUGAUUGGAAAAUCAGAUCCUUAUGCAGUUGUGUACAUUCGGCCACUCUUUAAGGUUAAAACCAAAGUUAUUGACAACAAUCUCAAUCCUGUUUGGGAUCAAACGUUUGUGUUGAUCGCAGAAGACAAGGAGACACAGUCACUUACUAUCGAGGUUUUCGACCAGGACAUUGGGCAAGACAAGAAGUUAGGAAUAGUGAAACUACCUCUGAUUGGUCUGGAGCCCAACAACUUAAAGGAGGUUGAGUUAAGACUUCUAUCCUCCCUUGAUACACUCAAAGUAAAAGAUAAAAGGGACAGAGGAACCAUUACCCUUAAGGUAUUGUACCAUGAAUUUAACAAGGAAGAACAGUUGGCUGCUCUGGAAGAAGAGAAGAGGAUCUUAGAGGAAAGAAAGAAACUGAAAGAGGCAGGAGUUAUAGGAAGCACAAUGGAUGCACUUGACGGAGCAGCUUCACUGGUGGGCUCAGGCGUUGGAUUGGUUGGUAGCGGUAUUGUUGGUGGAGUCGGGCUGGUGGGAACAGGCAUCGGUGCUGGAGUUGGAAUUGUGGGAACUGGAGUUGGUGCUGGGGUUGGGAUGGUAGGAAGCGGGCUUGGAGCUGUAGGUAGUGGGCUGACCAAAGCCGGAAAGUUCAUGGGCAGGACCAUCACUGGCCACCAUGGCAAGAGAAAUGGAUCGGGCUCCUCCACCCCAGUUAACAGUGUCCAAGAAAAUGGAGGUGCAAAGCCAGUUUCGGGCUAAAACUACGUAAAAGUAUAUGACGUGAAUUAAAUUUAGCCCUCAGUUUGUAGUCUAUAUAGUGAUUAUACACUGCUAUCCUUUCUGCUAGUUUGGAAAUUGGAUUGCAUAAAUAAUACUUAUCUUAAACUCAAACAUGCAGGUUUUAGACUUUAGUUCUGAAUUUACUUAAUUUCUGUGACUGAACAGAUGGAGCAUAUCGUAAUAUCUUGGUGUUGUACAUAAUCUUUCUUAAUUUUUUUAUUUUUAUUUUGAGUUGUAUAAUAAAAAAUAAUUUAUUUU